ACUAGCGUUCGCGUCCGUGUCAAGCGCACGCAUGCAUCAAGAUGGUAGUUCUUAAAUUGUUUUCCUUUUUAAUAUUACUUGGCUUAGCGUUGUGUGAAAGCGAAGGCCCCACAGUACGUGUAGCGAAUGGUAUUCUGCAGGGAAAAUGGAGGGAAUCCACGAAAGGCAGGAAAUUUGCCAGCUUUCUCGGCGUACCUUACGCCCAGCCUCCAAUCGGAGAAAAUAGAUUUAAAGAGCCGCAAGCUUUGAAGCCCUGGCCUGGAGUUUGGGACGCCUCGAGACUUCUGUCUCCCUGUCUGCAAUAUGAUUCUGUUCAAGAUGGAAUCAUAGGUAGUGAAGACUGUCUCUUUGUGAAUGUCCACACCCCCAAACCCUACGCUGAUGCUCUGCUGCCCGUGGUGAUCUUCAUCCACGGCGGAGCCUUCAUGUACGGCGCCGGGGGACAGUACGACGGAGUCCACAUGAUGGACAGAGAUCUGGUCUUCGUCACCCUCAACUAUCGCUUGGGACCUCUAGGUUUUCUAAGCACAGGUGAUGAGCAGAUCCCUGGCAACGCAGGUCUGAAGGACCAGUCCUUUGCCUUGAAGUGGGUGAGGGAUAACAUCUUGAUGUUCGGCGGCAACCCUGACAGCGUCACACUCACUGGUUGUUCCGCCGGCGGCGCCAGUGUGCACUACCACUAUCUCUCGCCACUUUCUAGAGGUACAUUCCACCGAGGAAUUGCAUUCAGUGGCUCUGCGUUUUCGUCGUGGACACAUUCAGUUAAGCCUGUGGAACAGGGUAAAGCUCUUGCAGCUAUCGUCGGUUGCUCCACCACGGACACUCGGGAAAUGGCCGAGUGUUUGAGGAACAGACCUGGAGAAGUUAUUGUAAACGGACAAGUCCAGAUGUUUGACUGGAAUGUGAACUGGUUCACCAUGUUCACCCCGACAGCCGAGGCGCCGAGUGUAAAGAACCCAUUCCUUACUAAGUACCCUUACACUGCGAGCCAGGAUGGAGACAUGCAGGCUGUGCCGCUCAUCACAUCUGUGACUUCUGAAGAAGGAUUAUAUCCUGCUGCAGCUUACCAAGCAGACCCCAAGGUCUUACCAGACCUGGAGGCAAGAUGGGAGGACCUCGCUGUGUACAUCUUUGAGUACAACAACACCCUUCCCCUAAAAUUACGCGCAAGCGUUGCCCAGAAGAUUAAGGAUCAUUACUUAGACGGCAAACCUGUAGGACAAGAUACCUAUGAUGGGCUUGUUCAAGCUCUCGGAGACCGUCUAUUCUCAGCCAACGUCGGCAAGCUUGCUCAAAUUCACGCUCAAAAAUCACUCCAACCGACAUGGGUUUACCGUUUCUCAUACCGUUGGCAAUACAGCUUCUCCAAUUUGAUGGCUAGAAACGAAAACGACUAUGGUGUAAGUCACGCUGAUGACGUGAUCCUAAUCUACAAUUAUCAUCCAUCGGAUACCACCAGACCGGAAGAUUUACAGAUGAGAGAUACUCUUCUGGAUAUGGUCUACAGUUACGCUACGACAGGAGUACCAAAACUACCGAACAGCCCAACUUGGUCGCAGGUCAAGCCGGGACAACCGGAGUUGGACUAUAUAGAAAUAGCCGGACCGAAGAACAUAGAAAUGAAAUCCAGCACUGACUUCGGAAAGAAACUAUUCUGGGACAGUCUAGGCUUCACCGAAAAUGAAAACUACAGUAAAAACGCAAGAGACGAACUGUAAACAUUAAAAAAAAAAUUAAGCCAUAUUUAAAAAGACUCAAAAGCUCAACGGUAAGUGCGGUCGAACACAUCACCGAGGGGUGGUGGUUCGAUCCUCACCCCGUUGGUCUAUUGUCGUUCCCACUCCUAGCACAGUCUUUGCCGAAUAGUUGGAGGGGAAUGGGAAUAUUGGUCAUGUUAUAAAAAAAUAUGGUAAAUAUUCUUUUUAAAAAAAUAUCAAUUUAAUUACGGUUUUUUUUUAUUUUUAAAAAUAAAAAAACCGUAAUUAAAUUAAGUACAGCUCCUCAUAUGAACUUUUCACCGAAUACUUAAGUACUGGUUUGUUAAUACUGAUAGUAAUUCUCUGGAUUUUACUUAAAGAUAAAGUGAUUCUAAAUAUUUACGUAUAAUAUAUACGUAAGUAUUUAGAAUAAUACUACGAUAAGCCAAAUAUUGCAGGGUUAUUCUUAAAUAAUUGUGAUUUGUGGCAUAAUGUAGUAAUAAAGAUAUUUCUUUCUUUCUUUCUCUUUAUUUACUUGAGCGUCGCAAGACCGAGAGAUUAAUAUUAAAAAAACUCCGCUUUCAGCGGCGGGAGCUGCUUUUUAUAAAGAAAAUAAUUUUUAUUUUCAACGCUUGCCUUAAUUGUCAAAAGAAAGAAGAAAGAAAGAAAGAAAAAAUCUUUAUUACAGCAUUAUGCCACACAACACAAUAUGCUCAUAAUAUCAUAUAAUGCUAACAAAUAAUAUUGUCAUAUUAAAUAAUAUGACAGGACAAAAAAUAUAUUUUUUGUCAUUUUUCAAAGUAAAAUAACCGCUUCGUGAUUUAGAAACAGAAAUACGAGAGUUUUAUUUUUGUAACCCUCCCAUUCCUAAGGGAGGGCAUCCCUUUAGUGACGAUCAAAUGGUAAAGUUUUCGUAAUGAACAGUUAAAUAAAAGAUCUCUAAUUAUUCACGUUCCAUUAAAACUGCAUAACUUUAGUUCAUUUAAUAGCAGCCCCGACGGGUAUUCUCAUUUAGUUUAUUUUUAAAUUAUAUUAUCCUUUUUCAUUCAAUUACAUUUCAACCGUUGUGAGUUUUUUUUUUUAUUUUACUUUUUUUAUGUAUCGAUAUACCUAUACCUAUAUUUUUAUUAUC